AAAAGUUUGACAGCUGAUCACUGAAACUGGAGGGAAAGAAAAAUAAACUCCAAAUCUCUCCGAUGACAUCUUCUCUAUCGCCACCGGAGGUUCCCAAUGAGCUUUACGUAAUCAACCGCGAGAAGCUCAUCAAAUCUCUGCGAGGCCAUCUAUCGUCUUCCUCGCGUCCCCAUCAAGGCUUCGUCUUCUUGCAGGGGGGUGAGGAGCAAAGUCGAUACUGCACUGAUCAUGAUGAUCUGUUCAGACAGGAAAGCUAUUUUGCCUACCUGUUUGGGGUAAAAGAGCCUGGAUUCUAUGGAGCUAUUGAUGUAGCAACUGGGGAUUCAAUGCUCUUUGCUCCUAGAUUACCAGAUUCCUAUGCAGUUUGGUUGGGAAAAAUAAAACCUCUAUCCUACUUCAAGGAAAAAUAUAGGGUCAAUAAGGUCUUUUAUACCGAUGAAAUUGUACAUGUGUUGCUUGAUCUCUAUAAAGAAAAGGGAAAUCCCUUAUUGUUUCUUCUGCAUGGACUGAACACCGACAGCAAUAAAUUGUCCAAACCAGCAGAUUUUCAGCGUGAGUGCCGCCGCCGUCUAGAUCUGUUUUCGCCGCUACUCCUGGUGAAGUCCGCCGCCGCCGCGUUGAGGAGUUCGUCGCCGUCCUCUGAUUGGCGCCGCUGGUUCGAGGAGAUCGCAGCUGCUGUCCAGAUCGUGCAAAGAACCAUCGCCAUGCCCGGAGUAGAGGUGGAAGAUCCAACUCGGGAGCAGGAGUCGCCUGAUUGCUCGCCGACUCGCUGCUGCCCUUGUUUUAGUGCAGCCACGUCGUUCCGCCACUGCCGUACAGUGCCGCCGCGCAGACGCUCCAGGACCGCUGCCACCUUCUCCUACUUGCCCAAUUGAAGCCGCCGAUCGAAGGGGCUGUGUUUGCUUGGCAGGUGCGAAGGAAAAGAGGUCAGGCGCAGUGGAGUUGGGCCGUAUUCAGCAGCCAAAGAAUUGAAGAAAAAAGCAGUGGGCCAAUU